AUGUUUUUCCUGAAAGCAUCUGUCCUCCUUGCAGGACCAGCUGCAUUGCUGCUUCCAGUGUCAGCCUUGCCAGUCGCACCACAGCAGUUUCCGACCAUUGAGCGACGACAACCUACUUACUCUGUUGUGAAUGUCGACAGCGGCGCCACAGCUACGGUGACAGCAGCAGAGACGACGACAGUAACAGAAAUUGUUGCGACAGCCACUAUUGAUGUAACCAGUACGGCCAUUUCGGUUGUGCAGCCUACUUCGGACAUAUCUAGCGUUGUUACUGUGACGGUUUCUAUACCAAUAUCAUCUACGGCGAGCAGCAGGACGACUGUCGUUGCCACCACUGCUGCUGCUACCACCACAACUACUACUACCGCACCACCUCUUCCAACAGCUACAUCCGCUUCAUCCUCUUUCUAUUCCGUCUCUUCGACGCAGAGCUCGAGCGUCUGGUCAUCAACAAUACUUCCUUCGUCAUCGGCAGUCCCGAUCCCAGCAUCCACGCCUACUUCUUCAGCAUUCGUGAUUCCGACUCACACAUCUUCUUCUUCCUCAUCACCAACAAAACCAGUAUCCUCCCCAAUCACGAUAAUCCCAACGGGAUUCCCAUUCUCUCGGUCCAGUGAGUCCGAGCCUGUUGGGUGGAGUGCAUUAAAAAGAGACCGGGAAGAGCAAGCGCGUAACGACGUCGUCAGACGCUCCCUCCUGCGCAGUCCCCCUGUGCUUAUGGGGUCAGAAGAAAAGGAGUGA